AUGCAGGCCCCGUCAUCCGGCUCCCAGCGAGCCUUUGCCCACCGUCGCUCGCCCGGCGCCGAGCCAGGGCCGCCACCAAAUGUCCCAGUCCGAUCCAUCUCCCCAGCCCUUCAAGCUCGAACCUCGACCGCCUCCACCAGAUCUGCUCAGUCCACCAGCUCGCGAAGGAUGAAUCGUGAAGGUUCCGGCAGCGGCGCCAAUAUGCCUCUGUCGCAAAUCGAAAAGAGCGUCACCCAUCUCCUUGUCGCCACCAAGCAGCUCCUCGAGACCCUGACGCAAUGGUCGCGCGGCCAGGCUACCGACAGCCAGGUGUCGGACGUCUAUGUGCGCCUGGGCUACGAGUUCAAUAUGGCCUGCCGCGCAUUCACGGCCAUCAACGUUGAUACAUCCGAUCUAGGAAAUGUCCCCGACUUACUCAGACAUAUACUCGAGGCUACGCUCAGCCAGGAGGCUAGCUCUGAGAGUCUAGAGAAAUACCUACCCAGGAUCCGUGAUAUCAUCAUCAACCUGCUCCAUGGCCUUAAGCGAAAACAACAGAAACUCCGUCAGAAACAGGCCCGGGAGCGCGAAGGACAUGCACCUCCCGAUAGGACAACCAGCGUCAGCACUGUCGGCAGCGGCCACAGCGGGCUUACAAACAUGUUGGAGGAGGGGUUGGAGAAUGGAUUUCAAGCCGAACCUCAGCGGACCGAGUCCUUGCCUCCCGCUGCCAGUUCGUCCCCGCGCCGCUUUGGCGCCCAGCGGGAGCAGUCUCGAGGAUCCGUUGCCUCAGAACAGUCAUCUCUGUCGAGCAACACGAUGCAGAACAUGCCUGUUGUGCCACCCUACCCAGAAGCCGACAAUACGAUCCCAACAGGGCCAGGGCCCUCGACGAAUGGAGAACUGAAUAUCGAUUCGUUCCCUCCUCCACCGCCGCCUCCUCCCGAUAACACUUCCAGCGCUCUCGCCGCUUUGCAGAAGGGUGGAGAUCUCGAGCGACGAGCCUCUCGAAGAUACUCGCAGUAUCAAAUAUCUAAGCAUCUCGGAGGCGCCAAUGGAGUUCCGAUCCUCCCUCCACAGAACACGCCGGUACCGAACCGUGGUAGGAAAGAAGUGAGGGAAUCGUUGCGCGCAGUGCAGGGUCGCCAGUCUAUACGACAUAACCGCAAUACCUCGAGCCAGUCGCUGCGCAGCGCUGCCGUUGAAGCAUCCCCUGUCAGGAUACCGAGCAGCGUCUCGGAGGAGCCCUCAGCAGUAGAGCCCCCUGCAAAGACAGAGAGCCCGGCCCCUCAGAGCCCCGAGGACAAGUUCAGGGCCAGCGCAACGCUUAGCGGGCCGCCUGUUGACCCAAUGUUCUAUCAGGAGGAUGAGACUAGUCAAGAAACGCCCAAGACUGAGCCCAAGGUUGAACCGGAACGUCCGCCCACGCCGCCUCCGAAGCCAGCAGCCGAGCCAUCUUACUUCCAGGAGUCUCCUCCUCCGACACCUACAAAGGAUCUCACUUUGUUUCUCCAGUACAAGUCCAAGGUGAAGAAGUUUGUUCUGCCAGAGGGACGGGCCGAGCUUACAAUUGGACGGCUUCAACUCGCAUUUAUCGAGAAGUUUUCGUGGAACACACAACAGAAUGGCGCAGAUCUCCCAGAGAUUUACAUUCAAGAUCCCAUAUCUGGUGUACGACAUGAAUUGGAGGACCUGGCUGAUGUGAAGGACCGGACUGUUCUGGUCUUGAACGUGGAGGCUCUGGAUGAGGUCAAGAAGCAUAUCGAUGAUGGCAUUGCCUCUUUGACUGCCAUCGUGCGUGAUGUUAAGCAGACAGUCACGGAUCAAGGGGCAGCUAUCCAGCGAGUCUCGGAUCGACAGCAGGAGGCGGCAAAUGAAAUGGCUCGAAUGGCGCUGGCGCCACCGCCAGCUGCUCCCGUGCCUGAUGGGACCAAGCAUUCAGUUGCCCCUGGAAGGAAGCUGGAUAGUGGCCAUCUCACGGAGUUGCAGAAUCUCCGUCGCGAUUUGGCCGUUAUGCGUCAAACUUACUCCAAGUUCCAGGCCGAAAUUCAAGAUUCGAUGUCGACUAUUCGCAGCAAGGCCGCCAACGUCAAGGUUGCCGCGGCUAAGGCCUCGAUUCCUGACGUUGAGGGUGAUGCUGGCUACUCAUACGUCACCAACGGACGCAAGCAGCUCAAUAAUGACUCUGAUCGGCUGGUUGGAAAGGUGGACGACCUCCAGGACCUCAUUGAGGACCUGCGCAAGGAUGUGGUGCACCGGGGCGUUCGACCUCUACCACGCCAGCUGGAUGCUGUGGGCAAGGAUAUUGCUCUCUUGACCAAGGAGCUCAAGAGGAUGGAAGAUUAUAUGGAUCAGGAGAAGCCCAUCUGGACCAAGAUCUGGGAGAAGGAGCUCGAAGACGUGUGCCAGGGUCGUGACGAGCUUCGCCUUAUGGAGGACCUGUUGGUGGAUCUGCGGGACGACCUGGAGAAGGCCUCUGAGACUUUUACGCUUGUGGAGCAGGCGACCAAGGAGCAAAUGAAGGACAAUGGCACUGGCGCAAGCGCAGGAUCCGCGCGCCAGUUCUCCAGGGGCCUCAACAGCCUUGGCAACAGUCUCGAUCAAAGUGCAGCAAAGGAGGGUGUCCUCGGAGAGGUCAGGGCUCUCCAGCCCAACCACGAAGAUCGUCUUGAAGCCAUCGAGCGAGCCGAGAAGCUCCGCCAGAAGGAACUUGAGAAUCGCCGCGUCAACCCUCUUCACCGUGAGAUGGUCAACUUUGUAGCAGAGGGCAAACUCAAGAAGUCUGGCGGCUUCGAGGAGGUGGAGCGAGCACGCAAGGCAAAGGACGACCGCAUCCGGAGAGAAGUAUGGGAGCGACAAAACGGAAUCAUCCCCGAGAAUCCCAUCGGAGAAGAGGAAGAUGACCAACUUGAACCGGAUGAAGUACCAGGAAGUCCUCCACCGGCUUCAGCAGAUCAAGAGGUGGAUGGCAAUGCGGACCUGCCCAACGGCGCCUAG